AUGGACGCAGCGGCUGAGGAGCUCCGCGACGCAGCUCAGCCCCAAGGGCAGGAACGGAAACUAGAUCCUGGUCCUGUUGAUAAAUCUGUCCUUGUGGAACAGGAGUUUCACAAAUCAGAAGCUAUAUUUGUUGGGAAGAUCUACAAACCUGUUAGAUUUAUCGAACAUGGCACCAGGCUUAAUCAGUGGGAAGUGAGACAUGAGGGAAUGCUUGUGUUAUUGAAGCGUUCUGGGUUUUACCACCUAUCUUUCUUGAAGAGGGUCCAGUUAGACCAUGCUUUGUUAAAUGCACUGGUUGAAAGGUGGCGGCGUGAAACACAGACUUUUCAUUUGAGGUUUGGAGAAAUUACAGUGCUCUUGAAGGAUGUGGCAAUUCUUACUGGACUUCGUGUACAUGGUGCUCCUGUCACUGGCCCGACAAACUGUAAUUGGGAGCAAUUGUGCAGACAGCUUCUGGGUCAAGAACCUCCACAGAUCAAAGGUGGUUCUAUCAACAUGGCAUGGCUGCAUGACACUUUCAAAACAUUACCAGAAAGCGCUAAUCAGGCAGAUGUAGAGUAUGCUGCAAGAGCCUAUAUACUGUACCAAAUCGGAUGCAGUUUAUUUCCUGAUCCAAGUGGAACUAGAGUGCACUUACGAUAUUUGGCCCUACUCCGUGAUUUUGAUGCCUCAGGAGAGAUGGCCUGGGGGGCUGCUGUUCUUGCGCACCUCUACAGAGAGCUUGGAAAAGCCAGCAUGAAGGGCAAAGCACAUUGCUGUGCAUUUCUCACUCUUCUUCAGAUAUGGGCGUGGGAGCAUAUCCAGAUAGGCUGUCCUGAACGACUAGAGAAUAAGGCUCUACCCGAUGACCGACCCCUUGGAUGCAGGUGGAAUGUUGCCUUCAAGAACCGUGAAAAUGCCCGAUCCAUGGACCAUGAGUUUUGUAGGCAUGGGCUAGAUACUAUAUUAGAUUGCCAGAUCACAUGGGACCCAUACACACCAGACCUGGUAGCUGGGCUUCCUGCAAUAUGCACAUUUGGAUCUGCAGUUUGGCUAUCAAGGACUCCAUUAAUAUGCUUCCAGAUAGUGGAAAUGCAUGUGCCUGAUCGCGUCUUGCUACAAUUUGGAAUGUUGCAGCACAUACCAGACCCAGUUGAGGUUGUUGAACGUGUUACAAUGCAGGGUAAAGCUGAUCAACAUUGGCCUACUUACCAUAAUAAGUACAUUAAGGAAUGGGAGAACAGGCUCAUCUCUGUUGUUAAGCACCAGGAAACAGGGACUUCAGAUCCUACUCAUGCAAGGAAUUGUUACCUAGAAUGGUAUUGGCGAAUUACACGUCGUUGGAUCUCCACUCCAGUUGAAUGUCCAAUCAUAUCCUAUCAGUUAUCUGGGCAUACUGAUAAAGUUCUGGUUGAUUUGGUAAAUACAGUGCAGGGACGAAUUAGAACCUUAUUACAAAGUGAAAUUGAUGCAAAAAGGAUGAAGCAAUCACUUAUUGACAUUGAUUUGUACAUCACUGUUAAAAUGGCGGAGGCUAAGCAGAUUAUGCAAAGUGGUGUUCCAACUGGAACAGGAAUUGGAAGUGCUAAAUCAGCCACAAUCUCUCUAAAUUUUGUGGCUCCUACUCAAGCUACUGUUACGAAGAUGGAACAGGUUGGUGAUGAUCACGUCGAGGGAAACACUAUACUGAAGUUGGACGAAAUGAUGAGAAUUCAACCCACGGGAGGUACUCCUGAUUUAGCACUUCUCACAACAGAAGUAAAUCUUCAGGACAUUAUUAGCACCCCUUUAGAGGAUGCUAUGAUUGAUAUUAUGAACACAUCCUCGGAGGAUGCUACACCAGAGGAUAUUUUAGAUUCAGAUGUGAAGGAUGGUUAUGCGUUCAUAGAGGCUGUGGAAGUGCAGGAGACUGUUGUAUCUAUGGACAGCAUUAAAAUACCCAAGAAGGUUACAGCUGAAUUGCAGGAGUGUGCUGGUGCACCUUUGAUUAAUGGUCAGGGAACAGUGUGCAAAACUUCAGUGCUUCCAGAAUUCUACAAGAUCUCGAGUGUAUCAUCACACAAUGAGCAAUUGCAGAAAAUCACUGGUGCAUCUGAGAAUGAUGUAGACACAAGAAUAGAGAAUGGUACAGUGCCAGCUGAUGUCAAACCUCCCUCUGGCUCUGAACAGGAAGAAUCUGCUGCUGUAGUUUCAGGGCGCAAUGAACUGCAAGAUGCUAUUAAGACAAAACCUGAGGACAGUGUCGUUCAGGGUGGAGUCAAUGCUGUGCAAAAUCAUAUGUUUCAAGAGAAUGGCAAGUACCCAAUUGAAAAUGGCCCUUCGAACCCUGCAGUUGUGCAGAAACCCAUUGCUAUACCUGCUGAAGAUUUGCUUAUCACUAGUGUUGGAGAGAGAACUCAGAGAAGUGUUAAUUCAUUCACUGGAGAAAAGAAUGAUACGAUUAGCAGGGAUGAUUCUGCUGGCGUUGAGGACCAUGACAAUCUAGGUCCAAAUGAAAUAACUAAAAAGAGAAAAUUGACGGUUACUUCACAUGAAAAUCCUGAGAUCCGUUCAACCAUAGAGCCUAAUAAAAUGGGAACCACAAAAACAGAGGAGAAAAGACAUCAGAUUGUGUUAAAUACAUUUUUGGUCUUCUGGAUUGACAAUGCCAGUUCAAUUCAUCACAUCUCAUGCCUGAUUCCAGACUGCAGAUUAUGCGUCAAGGCUGUGAGCCUGUGGCACUGUUCUUUUGAUUUCAGCAGACUGGAUGGAUGUUGGGUACUUGCUGAGACGCAGCUGACAGGAACCAAGAAUCGAAUAUGCAGUCUUCAAUAUAGAAAAACGUGGCGCUUUUCUACCGCUGCAGCCCUGCUGUGCUGA